AGGAGAGAGCCCUCGAUGGUUGUCCUAUCUCGGAACAUUUCGCCAGUCGUCAGUUACAUGGCAGCUGUACCGACAUUAAUCGCCAAUUUGAGUAGAUAAGCCGGGCAAUAGUUUUGCACGCCAACUCGCAAAUAUUUGUUGGGCGUGAUUAAAUCAACUACAAAUAGAUGAUCGGUUCCGAUCCUGUGCAAUGCCAGCCUCGUGUGUGAUUCGUAAAAGACCAGUGCAUCAAUAAUACGUUUCCGGUCGGUCCAAUAACUUAAGACGUUGCAUAGAAUUAUAAAGACAUUUUACAACAAGUAUCUUUGACGAAAUCCGUUUUCCCGUACCGUCAUCGAUGGAUCAUGAUCGAUUGUAAAAGUGUCACUCGACAGUGGAACAAAAGCCAGAUUGAUAUUACUAAUAAUUGGAAUCAGCUCAGCUUUGAGUUAGCAAUAAGUGUGAAAUAGCCGCCAUUUUUAGUGCCAGACAUUUUUUCUUGAACAGUUGCCUCCUUGACAAUUGAAGCGAUCAAUCAAGAUUGCCGCUUGUUUUGUCAAACUUGUUCGGGUCGUUAUUCAUUGAAAUCCUUCGAAGAAAUCUUAUUGUCCUUGCAUAUGAACAUCAACGACCUAAUCGUCUCGCGCACAGAUAUCAGGACAGAGCUACAGAAGCGGACAGGUAAAGCGAAUGUGGUCGCUAUAACCAUUGAACAAAAAAGAAGAAAACAUGUAUUUGAUCAGAGCGUGGUUACUUUUUCUCUGUGUUGGAAGCUUUGUAUCUUCCACCCAGUCAUAUUGGUGGACUCUUGGUACAUUGUAUGGCAACGUAAAUAUAAACCAGAUCAAGCUGGCAAAUCACAUCCAAGCCUUGUCAGUCAGUCAACAGAGGCUUCUUAGAAGGGACCCUUCACUGAUGCCAUCAAUAGCCCGUGGAGCGAAAAUUGCAAUAAUGCAGUGUCAGAAACAGUUUAGAAAUCGGAGAUGGAACUGCUCGUCCCAUCACUCGGAGUCAGUUUUUGGCAAAAUCGUUAGAAUGGCAUGUAGAGAAACAGCGUUUGCCUACGCAAUUACGGCAGCUGGAGUCUCCUACGCAUUAACACGUGCCUGCUCAGAUGGCUCCUUGAAAGGCUGCCAAUGCGUUUCAUCAAACAGACACAAAUUAACCAGUGAAGGAUGGGAGUAUGAAGGUUGUCAUGACAAUGUCAAGUUUGGAUAUCGAAUUGGCAAGAGGUUUGUUGACAGUCGCGAACGAGGCAGAGAUUUCCGCGCCACUGUGAACCUACACAAUAACGAGGCUGGAAGAAUGGCCGUGAGCAGCCUAACUGAGGUUUCUUGUCGAUGUAAUGGUGUUUCAGGUUCAUGUCAAGUGAAAGUAUGCAGUAGAAAGCUAUCUUCUUUUGAUCAAGUAGGUGCUUUACUUAAGGAGAAGUACGACACGGCACCUAGGGUUCAGGUGGCCCAAGUCAAGGCAAGAAGAAGAAUUCGGGAUCACAAAAUCAAACCAGUGAAGCAGUUCAUCAAAGACAUCACCUCUGGUGAUCUCGUUUAUUAUGAAGACUCUCCAGACUUUUGCCAUUAUGAUUUGUCGACUAGUUCACUUGGAACGCGCGGAAGACAAUGCAACAACGCAUCAUUAGGAAUAGACGGGUGUGAUCUGCUUUGCUGUAGUCGUGGUUGGAAGGUUAUCAAAGUUAGCCGUCAGAAAAAUUGUGAUUGUCGCUUCACCUGGUGUUGUGAUGUCCAGUGCCGGUCGUGCAAACACUCAAAUCAUAUCAGUAUUUGUAACUAAUUACAACCGUAAGAGCUGUUAGAGAAUUUUAAUCAAGGAAAUUUAUUAUAAAUAUGAUAAGGUUGUUGGGAUGAAGCGAGCCAAUGAAGGGCAAAGUAUCGUUAGGAAAGGAGUCGAAAGACUCAGGUGUAAAGUAAACAAAAAGAUGUUACCUAGGCAAAGGCAAGAAAAAUUUUCGCUUCAGAUUUCUUGCUGAAAUUGAAGAAAAAUAAUUAGGAAGAGCUACGUAAGAUAUUAGAUUUGGGCAAUUUUUAAGCUGGAAUUUAACAAAGUCACAAGAAAGCUGGAAUGCAGCAAAAUCAGGAUAAAAAGACAGUCACAUCUCAUAAGGCCACCGAAAAAUUACUCAUUCUACUUGUGAUUUGAACAUUGAGAAUAAUAGAUCUUGUAAGGUGAGAGAAAACUUCAAUUUCUAAACGAAGUAAGUGAAGUCUAAUCAGGUUUUGUAGAAGGGAUGGUAUGAGGUUCAUUGUUUCAUGAUAAGGACAGCAAGACGUCAAAUUUUCAAAAAAGCUGAAGUUGUAACUUCUUCAUAUUCUCAAUGAAGCAAAAAAUGAAUUUUGUGUUAUUACACUGAUCUUUAUUGUGUGCUGUGGCGUGAGGUCAUUAUAAAAUGACAAGAAAGAUAGCUUAUAGCAUGCAGGUACGAAACGAUUAGACUUUUAUUCAUACAAUUUUCUAUUUUGCUGGUCUAUCUAUACUUAAAACUUUAGAACUAGCAAAAACUACUACAAGCUAGCCAGAACUACCUAAAAUGUUACAAGGUAGAGUUGUAAAAUGAAUCAAAGUGAUUACUAUACAAUUGUGAAGGACUCUCUUCGACUAUGCUACCAAUACUACUUGCUCUGUGCAUCAUUAAUAUUUUUCAUUUAUGGUACUUAUCAAACCACUUAUAAUCACAUUGUAACCUUUUGAUAUAAAGUAGUUUAAAGCUAUUCAAUUAAACAAGCCAUUGACUAGGGCGUACCACUCCCGAUUUGCAUCCAGUCGUCAAACGCACAUACUCCUAAAGCACUUCUUAUUUGGGUAUUGAAAAAUAUUUAUUGUACAUAAUUUACUUUCAGUAAUUUAUAUUUUUAUUAUCCUGGCUUAUAGCUAGAUGUACUUUUUGCAAGCAUCUUACUAAUUAUUAAGUAAAUAAGCAUGUCUGUUGUCCAUUGUAGCAGUAUGGUUAAGUCUAGCUGCUUCGUUGUAAUAUACCUCGUGUGGAUAUGCUAGUAACGUUUGUCGUUCUCUUUAUUCGUCUCUCUCGAAUCCUUACAGCAUUAAAAUCUAUUCAUCCCAGCAGUAGAAAGCCUUUCAAAUGUCUUCGUUAAACUAAUUUUUCUCAGCAAACAUUUAGCAAACACAAUUUAAAAAUUAUAAUAAGCAGAUUCACGGCAAUGCAAAAAAGCUAAAGAAAUAUCAAGGCAAUAAACAUAUCGUGGAAUAAAUAUUUUUCUAGAAGCUCGGUGUUUAACUUGCUUUUGGAUCAAGGCAAAGUAACCAUUCAAUCCAAAUUCUAGAAAGAAACAUGUAGAGUUCUUAAGUUUGACGUCACAAAAAACUGCUUUCAGAAUUUUUGAGUUUCAACCACAAAACAUAAAAGAACACUAUGCGUGUUAUAAUAUGCGAAAUGCGAAAUCAGUUAAAUUUGUCUAAAAUCGGGAUGUUCAAUAAAAGAUUUGAAAUUUGCUAAUAAAUUACUCUUAUUUUGCCCCUAAUCAUAAAUUAAUGAACAGAGACCAAGUAACAGAGGCUUGAUAGGGCCAGUGCAAUUGAGGCCACAUCUCUGCCAAUUCGUUACACAUUUGACUUACUUUGCACAAGAGGUAUACCAUGGCCAAAAAAAUAUUUUUUGCAUAUUUGAUCUAAAUUAUCCUAAAGUCUCCUGUUUUAAAAAAGGUACAUUAAU